AUGGAGCCUACUACUCCGCCUUUGCGGCCUGUAUGUACUCCAACUACUCCAGAGUCACCAUCGAAUUCCAAAAUUGAUCUUGAAAGCUACUUUGACUCUGAGACGAACGACUCAAGUACCAGGUAUACUGGGUUACCGAACGCCGAAGCUUCUUGCAAUGGGCUCCCACCCACACCUGCGAAAACUCCCAAAAAGCGACUGUUUCCUUCUUUACUUCGAGAACGAAACAAUCAGACGCUCCCACUCAUCGAAGAAGAUGCUGAUAAUAAUCCGUUUUUGGGACCUCCUGCGUCAGCUGAGGUGGUUGCGAAACGGAAACGUGAGUUGGAAGCACCUCCAUCGGAUGGUUUAUUUUAUGUUUUCCGCGGGAAAAAGGUGAAAAAAAUGUUCUCAGGAGGAACAGACUCGUCAUCACUGAAACCCAGACGACUAUUUCCAGAAGCUGCAAGCAGUUCCACAGCAACGCCUUUCUCUCGCACGAUGGAGACUUCUCAGCAACCUCACAUUGGCGUUCUUCCUCCAGACUGUAAUCAUGAACAAAAGUCCUUGUAUGGAUCAUCAUCUCUUUUUGGGUCAGCCACUGCUGCAUCAUCACCAUUCCGAAAUCGUGGUUCCCAUCCACCCCCCUCUCAUACUUCUUCAUUUAACAAUGGAAGGAACCACCAACUUCCGAGGUGA